AUGCUCUCGCAGUCAGCGCAGCUCGGGAGACAAAAAGCGGUCGGACCGCCGACUUACAGAGUCGAAAACGAGUACAAUCCGGAAGCGAUGCCUCAGUAUUUUCAGAUAUCAGUUGGUAUCAUAGAGGGAAGAAAGUUUGCAUGGACAAAUCCGCACUCAGCAAAUUCCUACGCGAUAGUUAUUUUUGGGAAAAAGAAAUAUAGGACUAGUAUAAGGAGACACAUGAUUGAACCGUAUUAUAAUGAAAAUUUUAUCCUGGAUAUGUACUCUAGUAUACAAGUACUCCAACGAACUAAUUUGUGGCUGGCAGUGAUGGAAUUACGAUGUUGUGCUGCGCCUCGAAUCCUGGGCGAGACUACCAUUGAUUUGGGGCUCAUUUGGUCUCAGCCAAACCACCAAGUAAUUCAUAAAUGGGCCCAAUUAUACCAACCCCGAGAUCCAUCGCUAGGACCAGUUGGAUUUCUAAAAUUAAACAUAUCAAUCGCGUUUAGAGGAGAAAUUCAAGUUAUGUCUACCGUCGUGAAAAACGAAAAAUUGGAAGAAAAUCUUCUUCUGCCAUCGGGUUUAGAACAACAAUGUGCAAACUACCAGAUAACUAUUUACGAAGCUUUUGGCCUCCCCUGUGGCACUCAGAGCCAGGGUGAGAGACGAUUUGGGAAACCACCAAGUACCUUUGCGAAGGUCACCUUUUGUGGAUUGGUGGCGAAAACAGCAGUUCAGCACAAAACUUGCAAUCCAGUGUACAGUGAGCAUUUAUCGAUUGUGGAAAUGUUCCCGAACAUGAACCGUUUGAUCCGUAUAGAGGUGUGCACAGCAGAUGGAUGUUUCAAUAAGGUUCUAGCCAGCACUCACCUGAAACUCGAAAACAUCUCACACGAUGGAGAAAAUGGAUUUUUGCCAACAUUCGGUCCUUCGUUGCUUCACAUGUAUGGCUCGUCCAAUAGUGGUAUUAUAGGCACCGCUGGAGAAGAAGGCCCAUAUCACCGUGGUUGCUUACUCGUCGCCCUGAAUACUAUUGUCCCAUAUUAUCAGCAAAUAAUACGGAGCGUUAAUGUUGAACCUGCCAAUCCUAUUAACCAUGAAAGUUUGUGGCAGAUCCACGAAUUCUGUUUGUUCUGUCCCAUUUUAGAAGUUUCUAUGCUAGAUCGACGAGUUACAGGAAAGUAUUGUGGUGUGGCAAUAACACUUGGUGAAAUCCCGGCUACAAGUCCUGCGGAUGAGGAAUUCAUUACAAUGUUGAAAGAAACACGUAUCCGAAAACUACAUUAUACUGGAUGUUUAAAUGUCAAUAAAAUACCACCAUAUGGAUACUUAGACUUUUGCAACUCUUUUCCUGUACUUCAACUGGCUACACGACUUCCAGAUUUUAGAUUCAGGAUUUACAAAAAUAAUAUGUUGCAGGCGAUUAUCCUUGACUUGGAUACUGCGGUAAAAAAUAUUGAGCACAGACUACAAAGUUACGACUAUGAAACCCCUAAUGAACUUUUGGACGAAUUGAAUAAAGCCCGAAAUGACGCGGCAUGUAACAUUCUCAAGUUUAUGAACUUUAUACAAAAUUCGCGCAGCAACGAAAGUUUAUUUCAACAAUGUAACACAAAGUUGGAUCAAAAACAACUUGCUCUACAAAUAGAAGAAGUUGUGCAGUUACAUGGAUGGCCAGAUAUUGUAGUCUGGUUUCUGAAUGAAGGAUCGAGAGUCGCAUAUGCAAAACUACCCGCAGAGACUAUCAUAUAUUCUGUAAUACCCGAGCAGAGAGGCAGAUGUUGUGGACGUUUACAAACUUUACAGAUGAAACCUCUAAAAUGUCCAAAUCACGUAAAUUCCACCCACUGCUGUUGUACCGCUGGAAAGGUGGAAAUACUAAUGUGGCUUGGCUCCUACCGCCAGCGAGCAGUGUUCGAUAAUUACAUACCGGCUGGCUACAAACUGAAGAUCAAAGAUUAUGAUAUGUGUUUGAAAUCUUCGGCAAUGAUGGUGGAAUGUCGCGCUUUUGUAUAUAAAGCUAAAUUACUAAGCAGCGCUUUGGGUGCUAAUCCUGCAAAUACAUUUCUACGCGUCAAUAUUUUAACCGCGUCUAAAGAAACCAGGACGAAGAAGGAUACCCUGACACCGAUCUGGAACCAAGUAUUGAAGGUGCAUAAAAUGAUUUUCAUGUCGCCGGAACGCCUAACGAGUUGUCCUCCAACCGCAACUAUAGAAGUUAACAAUAUUGAUGCUGCGGGUAAAGUUGAAGUUGUUGGUCGCUUUGAAUGCGAGUGCAUUGUCGACGACAGGCAGGAUUACGAGUCCGCUCCGAGACUCCAGUGGUACGGGCUGCAUAGAGGGAUCGAAUAUGUCGGCCAAGUGAAUAUGUCUAUACAGUUAUUGCAGAUUCCAGAACGAUUAAUGAAGACUACAGCUUAUUCAUCAAUUGAAGAGUCCAUAGCAACUGGUGUUAAAGAUUUGGAUUUAUCGGACAAAAUCGAACCGAUACCUUUAAAUUUGAUACCUGUUUCUACAACUUACAAAGUCGAUGUAUAUUGGUGGGGUCUACGUGAUGUGAAUAUAACCCGAAAACCCUGUGUCAUCCUAGAAAUAGAUGAUAUGACUUUAAAAUCGGAAGUUAUAGUAGAUAAGAAAGCUAACUGUAACUUUCCGAAUGGACGAGUUUCACAGACAUUUGAGGCUCCGAUGCACGAAGCGUACUCUCCUUUACUAAAAAUACGACUUUAUGACAGUAGUACUUUUGGUCGAACUUUGUACCUUGGCACGAACGUUGUAAAGAAUUUAAAUAAAUAUAUCGUGGACUGGCUUCCAAAGAACGAAAGGGAUGCGUCUUUACAUAGAGCUUCCAUUAUGUCAUCUGAUUUCGUACAAGUUAAUCAAAGUUUAGUUCUAAAGAGGACAAGCCAGUUAAGAAAUGAGUUAUCCCAGAAUGACAAUAAAUUGCUAAGCAGCGUUGAUUGCAUUAGCGAUUGGCAAACGCGUCGCUCUGCAUGGAACUGUAACUGCUUCAGGGGAGAACCUGAUGAAGAAGAAUAUACACUGCUCCCACUGAUGACUAGCAAAAAUAAAACAUAUCUAACCAAAUCUUCCUCUACUGAGCAAAAGGAUUGGUGGACGCGAUAUUUAUAUUCACAAGAGGAUAGUGGUUGCAACGAUCCUGAAGAUAUUGACAGGCUAACUAUAUACGAUUCGGAACUAGAACGCCAGCCGCAGUUCUCAAAGUUCAGGGAUUGGUGCGCGACCCUCAAGCUUUAUAAUGGCAAGAAGAGUGGAAUUCGGGAGAAAGAUGAACAGAUGUACUGUGGUCUUUUAAAAGCUGGUCUGGCUAUUUACAGGUGGCCACCGCCAGAUAAUACAGAUGCAGUUAGUCCGAGUGGUGUGGAUUUAAAAAAAGGAUAUUUUGAUGAUCAUCCCAAGAACGAUCCAGCAAAGUUCUUAGUAAGGGUAUAUAUUAUAAGAGCAAUGAAUCUUAAAACAAAGGAGCUAACGGGAAAGUCAGAUCCAUAUACAGUAGUGAGUUGUGGCAAGAAACAUUUUGGAGACCGCUCUAAUUACAUUCCGAAUACGUUAAAUCCUGUUUUUGGAAAGAUGUAUGAGUUGCGAUGUAACUUGCCAGAAGAUUAUCUUGUGACCGUCUCAUUGUAUGAUUAUGACGCAAUUCCACCAGAUGAGUUGAUUGGCUUCACUACAAUAGAUUUGGAAGAUCGCAUCUAUUCGAAACAUAGAGCUCGUGUUGGUUUAGCAAGUGAAUUUAGAUUGAGUGAACCAUUCAAAUGGCGCGAUAGUUAUAAACCCUCGAAGAUUCUCGAAGAACUAUGUCUAAAGAAUCACAUUCCACCACCGAUUUUCCCUGAUGCAUCCACUGUAUUAGUCAAUGGAGUAAAAUAUGUUGAUAAUAGCCAGCAAGAUAGAAGUUACGUAUCAUCUAUAGAACGAAGAGAAAAUCUGUGUCUUAGUAUUUUGCAUCAAUGGCAUACUAUACCAGUAUGUGGCUACUACUUGGUACCAGAGCAUGUGGAAACACGAGUUUUGUAUAAGGAAGACAAGCCUGGAGUUUGUCAGGGUGCACUCCACAUGUGGGUCGAUAUAUUUCCACUGGAUUGUGAGACAUCAAUACCACCAGCAGUAGACAUUACGCCCAGAAGUGUUGACGAGUUUGAGCUAAGACUUACUAUUCUGACUCUGCGGGGUGUUGAUGAAUGGUCUUGCUCAGAAAACUUGGAACUGUACUCUAAGGUGUGGAUUGGCACGAGCGACACCACACAGGACAGUGGUGUUUACCGUCCUUAUGGGAAUGGUGUAUGGAAGCUGAAUUAUCGAAUGAUUUUCCCUUUAAUUUAUCAACAAGCGGAGAGAAAGCUUCUUAGGAAAGAGAUUGGUCCAUUUACAGAAUACGAGGAGCGCAUAUCACCCACAUUGGUUAUACAGUUAAUGAAUAAUCAAGAUCCUAUCAACGAUUGCAUUGGUACUUUACAGUUCAAUUUGAACGAAAUGCCACGAGGAUGGACUAACUACAGCAACUGCAGCAUUGAAAAUGAUGAAAAAUCUUCCAAAAUUGAUUUAUUCGCCGCUGGUUGUGCCCGUGGUUGGUGGCCGUUACGCGGAGAAGAUAAUAUUGGAAAUACCAAACAAACAGGCAUCAUAGAAUUGGAAAUGGAUUUAUUACCUAUGGAAAAGGCUAUUUUGAUGCCCAUUGGUGUAGGAAGAAAGCCAACGUUUGCUUUACCCAAACGAAGGUAA